GUAGUUCAACUCCUGUGUGACGAGGCCGAGAGGGUCCCGCGCUGCUUCGUGAGGCGUCGGACCGAUGCGCCCGACAACGACCCUCUGCGGCGGAAUGUCACCGGACAGAACUCCUUGCGCACGAGCCGUCCCGCCACCGCCACCGCGCGUGGACGUGAGGACGCCAAGCUGGCAUAAGCUGAGGGGAAGAAGAAUCGUGCUGCCAUUCUCAAGAGCUAUGGCAGCUGCACGUCUUCUUCUCACAGCGUCUCUCUUGCUCUUGCUUGUGCUGGCUGCGGUUUCUGCCGUGCAGGGAGCUGGUUCUUCUUCCAGCUAUGGCGGCGACAAAGUGGGUCUGCCCCUGCUGGUGGCCUUCGCCGACACUCCGGGGCUGCGCAACACGACAGAAGCCUUCGCUGAGACUCUGGCCAAGGAAACCAACGGCACGCUGUUCGUCUCCAACAUCACUUACGGUGUUAGCAGACCGGAGGUCUUUGACGCUGCCAGACAUGGCCGUGCUUUCGGGCUCGGCGCCUUUGGCUGGUUUCCCGAGAACGGGCUAGAUUACACAACUGCACAGUACCUGGACAACAACCUGCCUUUCUCACUCUCCGUGUUGCAGUUCGCGUCUCUUCUUCGUCACACACCUUUCGGACGCUUCUGGCGACAAGUGUACGAGCCAUUUGACAUCCGACCGACGGGACACUCUUGGGAUCCCAAGACGGGGUACACGGGGGGGCCAUUGACGUCUUUGCAGGCAGAGAUCUUGAAGGAAGUGGGUGCGGUACCCCUUCUGGUGCCUGCGGCUGAGUGCAAGCAGGCACUAGCUAACGGGACGAUCGAUGGCUUGGAGCUACUGGGAGUGCAGCUGGAUCUUCCUCUGAAGCUGUGGGAAGCGGGGGCUAAGUACCUUUAUUACCCUACCACGCAGGGUCCUGAAGUCACGCACGUCCUCGUGCCAGCCAAGAUCGCAGACAUGGCAGGAAGUGCACUUCAACGUGCUUGUGAUGAGGCUAUCUCCGUCAACUACGCGAGCUACUUCGGUCCAGCUGCUCAGGCAGCACUGGAGGAGACGCGCAAGAACGGGAUCCGGAUCGAACGAUACCCGCAAGAGGUGGUUCGUGGUCUGUUCGCCGCGUACAGGAAGGUGAUGGCUAGGCAUCGCGAGGAGCAGAUGAGUAAAGGCAAUCGCCUGGCAGUGGAGAUCGUGGACGAACACGAGGCAUACGUGCGAGCCGUGUCGGACUACGACAUCAUCGCCGCGACGNAGAUGAGUAAAGGCAAUCGCCUGGCAGUGGAGAUCGUGGACGAACACGAGGCAUACGUGCGAGCCGUGUCGGACUACGACAUCAUCGCCGCGACGGAGGCGCAGGUUCUGCCUGCAAGAGACCAUGUCGCACGGUACGUAGGAGUGCAGGUUCCUGUCGUACAGCGCCGCUCUCUGCGCAAGAGCGGGGAAUUGUAGCGUGAGCGGGCUGCGGGAGUUGUAGCGUACUAUAGCGUAGGCGGG